AUGACUGUAAAAACAGUGGAGCAGCAAAAAGCUUCCCCGUCCACACUGCACCACCACACGCUCAUUAGUGAUUGCUCAGUAACUUGUCAAAGCUUAAACAAUGCUCCAAACAAAUCCUUGCCACGUCACAACCCCUCCUCCUCCGCUCCUCAAUUCGUCAUCAUCCUCACAAACACCAACACUCCGCACGUGCCCAAACACCCCCCUCGCACGUGCCCUGCUAUGUUAACUCACCUCCUUUGUACGUCUUCACAGCAUAAAUACAACGCAACUACCUUCUCCUGUAUCGCUUCCUCUCUCUAUUUCUGGCCCAACCCGUUCUUCCUCUCCUCUCCUCUUAUUGCUCUCAAAGCCUACCAUCCACAACUUUUAUUGUUCUUUCAAUUUACCGUUUCAAUUUCCAACCUUCUUUCUCUUUCUCUUUCCUGUUCAACUACUACCAUGGUAGAGUGUGGUGGUGGUGAACGUCAUUCCGAGGCCAGUUUCGAGACUGUCAAUUCUUCCUUGCUUGGAAGCUCCAUGAGCAGCGAGAGCAUUUGCAGCACCAGUUUCAGCCGUCUCUCCUUCGAUCUCCUCCCGCCCUCGCCGGAGACUCUCUCCCUCAAGCCUCACCGCUCCUCCGACUUUGCCUACUCCGCCAUCCGCUCCGCCACCUUCCGUCGUAAGGCUGCCCUCACCUUCCGUGACUUCCACCUCCUCCGCCGCAUCGGCGCCGGCGACAUCGGCACCGUCUACCUCUGCCGCCUCCGCCACGGCCAAUUCAACAGCCCCGAAGAAGACGAGGAAGAUGACGGGUGCUGUUUGUACGCGAUGAAGGUGGUGGACAAAGACGCAGUGGCACUGAAGAAGAAGUCGCAGAGAGCGGAAAUGGAGAGAAAAAUCCUGAAGAUGCUGGACCACCCGUUCCUUCCUACGCUCUACGCGGAGUUCGAAGCCUCUCAUUUCUCUUGCAUCGUGAUGGAGUUUUGCUCCGGUGGAGACCUUCACACGCUGCGCUUCAAGCAUCCUCACAAUCGUUUUCCUCUCUCCUCCGCCAGAUUUUAUGCCGCAGAGGUGCUGGUGGCGUUGGAAUACCUACACAUGCUGGGGAUCAUAUACAGAGAUUUGAAGCCCGAAAACGUGUUGGUCAGAUCAGACGGUCACAUCAUGCUUUCUGAUUUCGAUCUCUCUCUUUGCUCGGAUGCAAUCCCAGCCGUGGAAUGCUCAGAUUCCUUGCACCAUCCAUCUCCAAAUGCAUUGCCUUAUGCAUACACUCCUCCCAAUCACCAUCCAACUCCCACUCGUUCGCAUUCUUUUGCCAGUCCGUUCUCCUGCUUCUCGAACCGGGCUUUCCGGUCUCGUGACAUCCGAACCGUGGAACCCAACCGGCUCUUCGUGGCCGAACCGGUUUCGGCCCGCUCCUGUUCCUUCGUCGGAACGCACGAGUACGUGUCGCCGGAGGUUGCCGCCGGGAGGUCGCACGGGAACGCCGUGGACUGGUGGUCCUUUGGAGUAUUUAUCUACGAGCUGAUAUACGGUCGCACGCCGUAUGCGGGUCCAUCGAAGGAGACUACGCUGCGGAACAUCGUGAAAAAACCCCUCGCGUUCCCCACGGCCACGCCCGCGAGCGGUCUUGAAGGCCACGCGCGGGACUUGAUAUCCGGUUUGCUGAACAAAGACCCUGCGCGUCGGCUCGGGUCGAAGCGCGGUGCCGCUGACGUCAAGAAGCACCCGUUCUUCAAAGGUCUUAACUUGGCGCUGAUUCGCAUGCAGACGCCGCCCCAAGUGCCUGGCUCGAGAAGGACCAAAACGACGUCGCUGCACCCUGUGAAGGGUAACAGCAACAGCAACCACCAUAAACUACAUCAGACGGCGUCGUUUGAUUUUUACUUUUAG